AUGCCGCAACCAGGACCCGCAAACACGACAUCGCACCUCACCACCUUCCUAAUCGUCAGCAUCUUCGUUAUCGCCCUCUUCCCCAGCAUCUUCGUCGGCAUCUUCUGGGCGCCCUACAACAGUAUAGCAGAGUACUUUGUGCCGACACCUCAGCCACGGAAAAGCGUAGUUUGCACCAGUCCAAACGUUUGUACGAGUGCGCCUGUCAUGUCUUGGACACAAAAAUCCCUAACCCUCCCCUCCAAAUCCCGCGGCUCCUACCUAAUAACCGACCACAUCGUCUCGCAACUCCCCGAGAUAAAAUCGUACAAAACCGGUCUCCUAAACCUCUUCAUCCAGCACACGUCGUGCGCGCUGUCGCUCAACGAGAACUGGGACAGUGAUGUGCGCGCAGAUAUGAGCACAGCGCUGGAUCGCAUUGUACCCGAGGAUAAGAAGGGAGAGGGACUCUAUCGCCAUGAUGCAGAGGGCAGUGAUGAUAUGCCGGCGCAUGUGAAGAGCGCGUUGAUUGGCGCGAGUGUUACGGUGCCGAUUACGAAUGGGAAACUGAACACGGGGACAUGGCAGGGCAUUUGGUAUUUGGAGUUUAGGGAUGUUAAGCAUACGAGGAAGGUAGUGGCGACGAUUCAGGGGGAGAAGAUGUGAGAGUGUGGGUGUGGGGUUGCUUGUAUAACAGAUAUGCGGGUGUUUCGGCAAUGAAGAAGAUCAAGAUGGACUGAGCGUGGAAUUUCAGGGUA